UGAAUGAUAGCUUAUCGUAAUGGAAUCUAUUAGGGAUCUUUAGAAAAUGGGAUUAAAGAGGGGAUUGGAAUAUUUUGGUGGGCCUAAGGUGCUAUAUAUAUAGGAGAAUGGCAUAAGGAUAUGAUUCAUGGUGAAGGAAUAAUAAUGAUUAAUGAUAAUGUUAUUAGGGCUUAGUUUAAGAAUAAUAAAUUUCAUGGUUUAUGUGUUAACUAUACGUAUAAAUAUAGAGUUAAUUUUAUUAGUUAGAGUGAAUUUUAUAGAUUUGAAUAUGGGUAAUUAAAUGGAAAAUGUUUGAAAGGAUAAACAGUUUCUGUUUAUAGAAGAGGUGAAUUAAUUUGUAUUGAGAAUAAUUUGGAUUCUAUUGAUCUAUUAUUAGGUAUAUUAUUUGAUUUAAAUAAAAAAGAUGAAUACCAGAAUAGAUUGCUUGAUUUAGAAGAGAUAUUAGAUAGAAAUUAAUGUUCUUCAAUAGGUAUAACAGAGACUCAUUUGGGUAAGAUGAAAAGAGGAAAACCAUAUGGAUUAGGAAUAGAAAAAAUGUUUACUUUUGAUAAGAGAAUAGGGAUUUUUCAUGAUUAAUAAAUAUCAAAUAUUGGAUAGAUAUGGAAAAAUGGAGACAUAUAUACAGGAAGUUUUGAGGAUAAUAAAUUUCAUGGUAUGGGAACAUAUUUUAUAUCUGUAAAUAUAUAUAUAAUUAUAUUUUAAAUAGGCUGAAUUAAAGAUGAUUUAAGGUAUUUUUGAUAGAGGAAAAUGUAUAGAGAUUGUAAAAACCUAAUAUGGAGAUUUAGAAGCAUAUAAAUUACUUGCUGAAUAGACUUUUUAGGCUAUUUAAAUAAAUGCUAUUUAAAGUAGAGUAACUCUUCCUUAUCUUUAAUUUUGUUAAUUUGAAAUUCUAUUUACUUAAACAUUAAAUAGUAUUUCAUAGAUUCCCACAUAAUCAUAAGAAAAAGAUUAAACACUUUUAGAAGUUGAUUUAGAUAUUUAAAAAGAAUUAGAGAAAAUAUCAAAGUAAGAUUUUUAUUUAAAAUAGUGAUUAAUAAACAAUUGAAGCUAAAAAGGCUCUUUAUGAAAUAGUUAAUAAAAAUUAUACUAAAGAGAAAUGUGUACCAAUUUUAUAACUAGAGUAACUCUAAACAUUUCCCAAUAAUCCAUCUGAUCCAUAUGUUUAUGAUGAAGAAGAUGUUGAAAAUUUACAAACAAGUUAUAAAAGUAAAUAAAUAUCUGGACAUACUUAAAAAACAGAAUUUUAUCAUGUUUCUGAUUCAAAAUAGAAUUCUGAUCAUUAAUGCAGAAGAUUACCACUAUAGAUUUUGAAGGAUCAAGAAAUUAAUAAUGGAAUAAAUGUAGUAUAAAAAUCAGUAAAAAUGAUGCCUAUUAGUGCAAGAUCUGAUCCUUAUUCUAUGGUUUUAAGUACUACUAAAAGAUCUCUAUAUAACUAAUGA